AAAGUGGUAACCACAAAUCGAGCCACCUUCCCUUUCACCAACGUGACAACGUGUUGAUAUUGCCGUUUUCCCAACCUAGUUAUAGUGCCAAUACAUUUCCCCUCGUUUUAGCACAAAAAAAAAUCUAACAUGGAUAACAACGACAACCCUCCUGUAAAGACUGCCAAGCAAUUAGAAAAGGAGGCGAAGAAACUUGCCAAGCUAGAAAAGUUCAAACAAAAAAAGGAGAAACAGACAGACCAGAAGGAUAAGACGGAGAAAAAAGAUAAAAAAGAGCCUAAGAAGGAGGCCAAACCUACUGUCGAGUAUAAAUGUACAACUAAACCAGGUGAGAAGAAAGAUGUGUCAAAUGCGAUGCCAGAUUCGUACAAUCCUGCCUACGUUGAAGCUGGAUGGUACUCUUGGUGGGAAAAAGAAGGCUUCUUUAAACCAGAAUAUGGUAGGAAGAGUAUCUUGGACGAAAAUCCGAAUGGAAAGUUUGUACUGAUCAUUCCUCCGCCUAAUGUCACUGGAUCUCUUCAUUUGGGUCAUGCUCUGACCAACGCGAUUCAGGAUGCUCUUGCUAGAUGGCAUAGAAUGAGGGGGCUUACGACCCUCUGGAAUCCUGGAUGCGAUCACGCUGGUAUUGCGACUCAGGUCGUCGUCGAAAAAAAGCUAUGGCGAGAUGAAAAAAAGACAAGGCAUGACGUAGGAAGGGAGAAUUUCAUUAAGAAGAUCUGGGAAUGGAAAAAUGAAAAAGGUGAUCGCAUUUAUGAUCAACUACGUCGUCUUGGUUCGUCAUUUGAUUGGGAUCGAGCCUGUUUUACCAUGGAUCCAAAACUUACCCGUGCGGUUGUCGAAGCAUUCGUCCAACUUCACGAAGAUGGAGAUAUAUACAGAAGUAAUAGGCUGGUUAAUUGGUCUUGCACUUUGAAAAGCGCCAUUUCAGACAUCGAGGUCGACAAGGUUGAAUUAACUGGUAAAACUUUACUAUCGAUCCCAGGAUACGAGAAAAAAGUAGAAUUUGGAGUUCUCGUAAGCUUUGCUUACAAAGUUGUUGGAAGCAAUGAAGAAAUUGUGGUUUCAACUACUCGUAUAGAGACAAUGCUAGGAGACACAGCAGUAGCUGUCCAUCCAAGUGACGAUAGGUAUAAGCAUCUACAUGGGAAAAAACUUACUCAUCCAUUUUGCAAAAGAGAAAUUCCAAUAGUUGUUGAUGAAUUUGUGGAUGUCAAUUUUGGAACUGGUGCUGUUAAAAUAACCCCAGCUCAUGAUCAUAAUGAUUACGAUGUUGGAAAAAGACAUAAUCUUCCGUUUCUAACGAUCAUUGAUGAAGAUGGAAAAAUCACCGGUGACUGUGGAAAAUUUACGGGCAUGAGAAGAUUCGAUGCCAGGACAGCUGUUCUUGAAGCUUUGAAAUCUGAAGGGCUGUACAGGGAAACAAAGGACAACCCUAUGGUUGUGCCAAUUUGCAAUCGUUCAAAAGACGUUGUUGAACCUCUUAUAAAGCCACAAUGGUAUGUGAAAUGCGAAGGAAUGGCGGAAAAUGCCUUGGAAGCUGUAAACAGUGGAGAACUACAAAUAAUUCCAGAUCAUCAUGUUAAAACUUGGCAUUAUUGGAUGAGCAAUUCUCGAGAUUGGUGUAUCUCAAGACAACUUUGGUGGGGUCACAGAAUUCCAGCUUAUUUUGUAAAAGUCAACGAUCCACAAGUUCAACCUGGCUCAGAGACUGACAAUAAUUAUUGGGUGAGUGGUCGUAAUGAGAAAGAGGCGAAAGAAAAGGCAGCUAAAAAAUUUGGAGUUGAUCAGUCUUUAAUUACAUUAAAACAAGAUGACGACGUUUUGGACACAUGGUUCUCCUCUGGACUUUUUCCAUUUUCAUUAUUUGGUUGGCCUGAAAAGAGUGAUGAACUUCAAGCAUUCUACCCUGGAACAUUACUUGAAACCGGUCACGAUAUUAUUUUCUUUUGGGUAGCAAGGAUGGUCUUCUUCGGCCAGAGACUACUUGGUAAACUUCCAUUUAAGAAGGUAUUUUUACACCCGAUCGUGAGGGAUGCUCACGGAAGAAAAAUGAGUAAAUCUCUUGGAAACGUCAUUGACCCGAUGGACGUUAUAGAAGGGAUAUCACUGGAAGGCUUGCACGCCCAAUUAGUUGCGAGUAAUCUCGACCCUAAAGAAAUUGAAAAGGCUAAAGCCGGUCAAAAACUCGAUUUUCCAAACGGCAUCCCCGAGUGCGGCACCGAUGCUUUAAGAUUUGCCCUUCUUGCUUUUAUGAAUCAAGGCAGGACCAUGAAUUUAGACAUUUUGCGAAUUCAGGGCUAUCGUUUCUUCUGCAAUAAAAUAUGGAAUGCUGUGAAAUUUGCUCUUAUGUAUUUCACAGAUGAAUUUAAAACAACGGGAGAGGUUAAUAAUGAUUUAUUGAACCUAUUUAAUAUUGUCGAAGAAUUGGGUUCUUUCAAAAACUCCAAUUUAGAAGAGUCUCUCAAUAAACAUUUAGAGGACAAAAGCUAUCUCAGAGGUUUUCAAAUGUCUGCGAUUGAUUGCCGAGCUUAUCAAGCAAUGUCAGAGACGACAGUUUGUCCUAAAAAAUUCCCUUAUCUUUCUCGAUGGUUUAACCAUAUGAAGCAAUCUUUACCACCAACUAAACUAAACCUUUCAGGGUUGGAAGAAGUAAUGGAUUUUUGGAUGUUAAGCAGAUUAUCUAAUGCAGUGAAGGCUUGUAAUGAAGCGCUGGAACGUUUUGAUUUCCCAGCUGCAACUACUGCUUGUUACAAUCUCUGGCUUUAUGAUUUGUGCGACGUUUAUUUAGAAACGUUAAAGCCAAGAUUUGCUUCUGGUGACAGCAAGAAAUUAUUAGUCGCUCAGAACAUUUUGUAUUAUACGUUAGACACGGGUCUGAGGCUUCUCUCGCCUUUCAUGCCGUUUCUCACCGAAGAACUCUAUCAAAGAUUGCCUCAUGGAAAGCGAAGGCGUUUUCCAAGCAUUUCAGUUGCAGAUUACCCUAAUCCAAACGUUUAUUGUUGGAGUGAUGAACAAAUUGAAGAAGAAGUGGAGUUUGCUCAAAAAGUUAUACACGCCAUUCGUUCUGCAAGGACAGACUAUAAUAUCCCUAGAAGUACUAAAACUCAAGCAUUUUAUAAAACAAAUGAUGAACGUGUGAAAGGAACUUUUGUUAAGUUCAAUUCUUUUAUUAAAUUAAUGUCUUCGUGUGACUCUCUUGAAAGUACAAAACCUUCAGAUGGCUGUAUUAUUCUUACUAUAUCUAAUAAUUGUGAUGUUUACUUAGUGCUAAAGGGGCUCAUUGAUCCGGAAAAAGAGAUUGCAAAAUUGGAAAAGAAAAAGUCUAUUCUUGUACAGAGUGUUGCAAAGCUGGAGCAGCUCAUGGCGAGUAAAGAUUAUGAAUCUAAAGUUCCUGAAGACGUAAGACUCUCCAAUGUCGAAAAGUUAACAAAGAAUAAAGAAGAACUCGAGAGGCUCGCAGAAGCCUUGGUCGCUUUAACUAAACUUUAAUUUAUACGCUACUUUUAAAGCAAUAAACAGAUGUGAUUUUUUUAUUA